CACUUACCUAAAACAUAAAACACGAUUGCAAGUAGAACUUAAAGAUUAUAACACAAAAAACGAUACAAAUACCAAUGAUGACGCAGCCGUAUCAUGUAAUUUGUAAUGCUUUGAUUGCAUUAUUAAGGCAACAUGGUACUUACUUUGAAACCGGAAAUCCUAUUCUAGGUUAGCUAUGAUCUGAUCACCAUCGGCCGACGCCUACCAAUUGGGAGCUCGAUCCAGCAGAUGAAAUGGCGGUGAGGCAAAGGAUUUUUAACUCGACUUCACCCUUCUCCGGGACGUCCCAGGUAGAGCUGAAGGGGUCAUACCCGGCCUGCUCCGCUGCAGAGCAGGAAGCAGAGGAGGAAGAGGAGGGGAAGGACAGCAAAAUGGGCUACACAGCCAGAAUGAGCCCUUUGAUAACUAAACUCCUGACACAUGGAACUGCUGAGCAAGUGGGCAAAAUGCCACUGAAGACCUCAACCUUCAUUGCCCAAGCUGAAUGUGAAACCCAGGACUCCCAAGAGUUUAGUCCAUCUGGCUUUGAACGCUAUGUUCCGAACUGCUUCCAGAUCAGUUGUACCUCAGAGCCCAACAAUGUGGCGUACCCGACCACGGCCUCCUCCAUCCAGGAGCCGAGCAGCUCGUCCGCUCAGCUUGCCCCAGGAAAGAGGGCCAGGAAGAGACAGAAGCGAAAGGGGAAGAAAAAACUGGAGAGGAAGAAAGAGAAGCAGAGACACAGACAUCGAAUGCCCUCUGGAGUCCCUGAGCAGGAGAGUGGAAGUUUUCUGGUCCGGAUCCCGGAGAAGUCUUCCUGCUCUAGCAGUGUUGAAAGCUCAGAAGAGCGGGACAGAGGACCUCCUCUCUACGGCCGACAGAUCUACAACACCGGCUCCAGCUGCUCUCCUCUGAACUGGUGGUCGGUGUGCACCGACCUCCCUAGUCGCCAAUCCUUUAAACAGGACAGCGCCUCAGUCUCCCUCAGCAGUCUGGGACACAUUCUCCUGGCUGUCCCUGCCCUGAGGGGCAGCGUCAGUCAGGGGGACCCGUGCUACGCAGGGGCCUUCUGCAAAGAUGUGGAGAGGGACGUAAGAGAGGAGGAGGAUAAGCUCAGCAAUGAGGGAUUAAUCUUUUACAAAGAAGAAAUCCAGCCUGUGGACUCUGAAUACAAGGAGAGUAAGGAGUAUGUCCUCUUAGAGUUUAUCAAGGAAGGCUCCUAUGGUGAAGUACACAGUGCACAAGAUGUCAACACAGGCUUCAAAUUUGCUCUCAAAAAGAUCGCCCUGAAUAGGUUCAGCAGUGAGGAGGUGGGUGCGUGGAGUGCCCUCAGAUCUCCUCGUGUGGUGGAACUCUUUGGAGUGGUCAGAGAGGGGCCGAACAUCAUGCUCUUCAUGGACCUCAAGUCUGGCUCGCUGGGCCAGCUGAUAGCGGAGCGUGGCAGGCUGCCAGAGGACCUGAGUCUCCACUACCACUCACAAAUCCUAACAGCACUGGAGUACUUGUGGAAGAAAAAAGUAGCGCAUCUAGAUAUGAAAGCUGACAAUGUGCUGCUGUCGGAGGAUGGUAGAGACACCUUCCUGUGUGAUUUUGGACACGCAGAGAGACUGGACAAUCAGGGACAGAGCCUCAGUGGGUCCAAGGCAGAUCUGAAGGGCACAGAGACCCACAUGGCCCCUGAGAUCGUGAAAGGUGAACCCCGCGGAGCCAAAGCAGAUGUGUGGAGCAGCUGCUGUAUGUUACUGCACAUGCUAAACGCGUGCCAGCCUUGGAGCAGAUACUACACCUGUAGACUCUACCUGAAGAUUGCCAACGAGCCGCCGCCCGUGAGAGAGAUUCCCCCCGACUGUAGCCCGCUCACAGCUGAAGUUAUCAAGGCGGGGCUUCAGAAGGAUCCAGCCAAGAGAGCAUCAGCAUCUGAGCUCAGAGAGAAAACUGUCAUAGCUCUGACGGAAGUUGGAGGACUCACCAGCCCAGUGAGGGGCCCCUACACAGAGCCGCUUUGUGUCUCGGACAAACCUCCUGACUCCCUGCAGCUGGUCAACAACAGCGUAAACUGCGAGGAUGAGGAUCAAGAGUUUGUUGAGAAAGCGAUCACAACUGGGAGGAUGAUGAAGGACCGGGAUGAUGACAAUGAAGAGUCGAAGAACUCGAUUUACUGUCCACAAACGCUGAUCUCUGAGCCAAAAUACAAGAGGGGCAACAAGAUCACCACUGUGCCUGAACUUGAGCUCCGUAAACUGGAGCGAGAUUUCUACCUGAGCAGUCUCUCCCAGCUCCACUCAGCUGAGAUGCAGGAGCAGCUCUUGUCUUGUCUCAGCAGCGACCCGUACUCCACCUGGGAACCAUGGGACAAAAAGGAUUCUGGCCGCUGGUCUCUGAGCCCUGCAGACGACCUCAGCUCCGGCGUGUUCUCCUACAGCAGCCAGCCAGACGUGCAGGUUUCCAGUUUGGACUUGCUAGGUCACACACAGCUACCACCACCCUGCUGUUUUGAAGGGGUGGAUGUCUGCAUCAGAGAAUUCACCGGGAGAAACAUCCGCAUCAGAGAGACGCGCUGUGUGAAGGUGGGACACAUCGCCACGGGAAUCAGCGAUCAGAUCUCAGAGAGGGUUUUCACCCUGGAAACCCAGCAGGGCCAGCAGGUUGCUCACGAUGAGGAGGUGCAGGAGUCCGGUCUGGAGCUCAGCUGUGUUCCUGCUCCCGACUUCAGCUCUGCCUGGAGGUGGAGGAUCAGAGACGGAGUGCUGGAGACGAGAUAAAGCCCACUGCUCUCUCCAUCCGUUGACUUCAGUGUCAUCUAAACUGUAUUACACGUUCAUGGCCUUCUGUUUAGUUUUUUAAAUGUCUGACCAAAUGCAACAAUGUGUGGGAACAUUGCUAUCUAGGGGGUUAAGAGAAAUCUUCCGGAACGUCCUCUUUAGCACAUCUCGCCACAACUGCAAAAUGGGGGGGGGGGCUGUGGCUCUUUUGAGCUUCAAAGUGCUUAUUAAAAGCCUUGUGAGUCAGUACUGUGCUUUUUUAACCACUGUGAUGUUUACACCCUUUGUUUGUGCUUGCUUACAUGGAGUCAUUAAAGGGCAAAUGAAACUA